AUGAGCUCACAAGGAGAGGAUGUCUGUACAACUAUCACUGCGGGGAAGUUGUUACGCCAAAGGAUAGAAGCGGGUGGUUUCAUCCUUGCUCCGGGUGUACACGAUGGAUUCUCUGCGCGCAUUGCGCUCGAGGUUGGAUUUGAUGUCCUGUACAUGACUGUGGCAGGAGUCACGGCAUCCGUUCACGGAUGUGCUGACCUAGGGAUCGCAACACUGAACGACAUGCGGCGGAGCGCAGAAAUGAUCGCCAGUUUGUCACCAUUUACGCCUGUCAUUGCCGACGCGGACACCAGAUACGGCGGACCAAUCAUGGUGGCACGUGCGGUUGAACAGUAUUCGCGCUCAGGUGUCGGGGCGCUACAUAUCGAAGACCAGGUGCAGACCAAGCGAUGCGUUCAUCUCGCUGGAAAGGUCCUGGUGGACUUGAAAGAGUAUUUGGCCUGUAUACGGGCUGCCGUGCAAGCACGCCGAAGGAUUGGAAGCGAUAUAGUCAUCAUUGCACGAACAGAUUCCAUCCAGAAGCAUGGAUAUGAAGAAGCACUGGCACGGCUCCGUGCUGCACGCGAUGCUGGAGCUGAUGCUGCUUUCCCUGAGGGUCUUCGAUCGGUCGAAGAAGCGCGGCGGAUGAUCGCAGAUCUCGCACCAUGGCCAGCGUUGCUGAAUAUGGUGGAGAAUAGCGUCACGCCGAAAAUCUCAGCUAAAGAAGCAAAAGGCUUGGGGUUCAGCAUGAUGAUUGUGCCGCUGGCCACGCUGGCUCCGGCUUAUACUGCAAUCGAGGCUGGUCUGCAAAAGCUGAAGGAAACAGGUUUAGCAGAUACCGAGCUUACACCACAGGUGAAGAUACAAAUAUCCGCCCCAGAAUCCAGUAAUCUAAUACUGCAAUAA